AUGUCGUCUCUAUCACGUCGCGCGUGCUUCAAAUGCGGAAACGUAGGACACUAUGCUGAAGUGUGUUCCUCCUCGGAGAGGCUCUGCUACAACUGCAAGCAGCCCGGCCACGAGUCCAAUGGCUGCCCUCAUCCACGCACCACUGAGACCAAGCAGUGCUACCACUGCCAGGGACUCGGCCACGUUCAGGCCGACUGCCCAACUCUCCGCCUGAGUGGAGCUGGCACCAGCGGACGUUGCUACAGCUGUGGUCUGUCCGGCCAUCUCGCCCGCAACUGCCCAAACCCAGGAAUGGGAGGUCGUGGAGUUGGCGCGCCCCCGCGUGGCGGUGGCUUUGGAGGAGGUUUCAGGGGCGGCUUCGCUGGCGGCGCUCGCCCUGCUACCUGUUACAAGUGCGGCGGACCUAACCAUUUCGCCCGCGAUUGCCAGGCUCAGGCCAUGAAGUGCUAUGCCUGCGGCAAGUUGGGCCACAUCUCCCGCGAUUGCACAGCGCCCAACGGCGGCCCUCUCAACACCGCUGGGAAGACCUGUUACCGCUGCGGCGAGACUGGUCAUAUUUCCCGUGACUGCGCUCAACCCGAGGUCAACGGCGAUGUCGCUGCCGCCGGUGCAUCUGCUCCCGUUGCUGUCCAGCCCAUUGUGCCGACCACUGCUGUCGCUUAG